AUGUCAUCAACUGUGUAUGAUAAAAUUGUUAAGUGUGUCUCUGAAGCUCAAUCUGAUAACUAUGAUGCCCAAGAGAGGGCUCUCCAAGCUCUUGCUUCCAUCACCAAGGUCAGCCCUCAAAAUAGGAACUUGGUAGCUCAAUCAGAAUUAGGAGCAAUACAAGCCUUACUCAACCUCAUCAAGUCUUCCUCCUCUUCCACCAUCCAAGUUCUUUCUUUGGCCAUUCUCUUUAACCUCUCCUUAAACCCCGGCCUAAAAAGAUCUUUGGCAAGUAUGGAAACAAUUUCCCACCUCAAUUCCAUAAUUGCCUCAUUGGAAACAAUUUCACAAGAAUUAGGCAAACUAGCUUCCUCCUUAGUGUGUAGUUUGGCAAUGAAUGACAAGAACAAGGCCAAGUUUGGAGUGGCGGGUACGGUUGAGUUGCUCAUUGAGGCUAUUUCAUUAGGAUCAAAUCAUGACCAACAUGGUAUUGGUAUGUCACUAAUGGCAAAGCAUCACUUGCUCAGCUCCCUCGCGGAGCUUGUGCAGUUCCAUGGGAACUCUACACUUGCAGUGCGAUCGGGAGUUGUACAAACCCUCAUGGAUGUUGUUGAGAGCGAUGAAGGGGAAGAGCUUUCGGGAACUUGUGUGGCUGUGCUAUGUUUGGUAGCUAAGUUUGAUGAGGGAUUGAAUGAAAUUAAAACAACACAAUGGAUAGUUAGUAGAAUGGUGAAUGUGGUGAAAGGGAGAUGCAUGAUGAGUAAGGAAGGAGCGACGGAGAUACUUAUUCGGUUAUUUGAUGAAAGUGAAGAGUGUGUGAGAGAUGCCAUGAGGUUGCCUGAGUUCUUAACUAUCUUGGCGGAUCUUUCGGUUAGAGGAUCAACCAAAGCUAGAGAGAAAGCUUCUUUGUUAAUGAAGAAAAUGACUGAGGUAGACUUAGACUUUGGAUUGGAUUCCUAUCAUCCUAUGUAG